GAAGGGGGCUUAGUUGCUUGAAGGUGUCAAUGUCUAUACAUUUUUUACUCAUUGUUUAGCCUCAUCUAUUCCUUGUUUUCUUUGGUUGGUUUCUGUGGUCAAAUUGACAUUCGGUCGACCUGGAAUAACGCUCGCACUCAAAAAAGGGGACUAUCACAGCACUAAUUUGGGGUGCAUCGCUUCAAAAAACGAUAUGACCGGCAAAAAGAUCGUGUUGAGACAAAUCCCAAACAGUUGGCUGCUGCAUCGGCGCUGGCUGAAAUAUUCUUUCUGUUUCCUUACUCGCUCAUCAACCCCUUUAAAGCCUUCAUCUCUUGAGCUCAACAUUAAUUUGCCUAUAUAGAUUUCAUAUUCUGUAAUGAACAAAAAUUGCAUGAGUUUCUUCAUCAGUCUUCUUGUUUUAGCAGGUCAUAAGAUGUAUCAUCAUGUUUUUUUUCUGUUGUUGUUUUUGGCAACAUUUUUGUGACUUUUAUGGCUAGAUUGUAAAAAGAUUUGAGAAGGUACGUGUUUCUGAUGGUUAAAUUUGUUGAUUUGAUUCCAUCUAGGGGAGCUUUUGCUCUCAACUUACUAAAAAUAUCAAUACCCUAUAUAAAUCACAUAAUCGGAACAAUGGGGAUGUAUGCAAGUCUACCAAAGGAGGAAGUCUAACGUGGCAAUUUUUUUAUCAACAUAGUUUGCUUUCGACAAGCUGAAUCUGCUGUAGUUGAUUCUAAUUAAAAGGACCAAAAACUGUUUCUUGCCCAUUAUGCUAUGGUAAUUUAAAAUAUACAAAUUUAAUUAUUACUCGCUAUCGCACAUUGCUAGCUGCUUGUUUGGAUCUUGCCAAUCAUGUUCUUGGUUAACUAGACUAGACAGCACGAGAUGACCAUGUCAACGGGAAGAACAACAAGAGUAAUUGGAUGGUACCAUUCGCACCCACAUAGAACGGUUCUACCGUCCCAUGUUGGUAAGCAUUGCGAAUUGCUACUUUUUGUGGAGUAAAUUAAUAAUGAAAUGCACAUCAAGCAUGAGAUAUUAUUUCUAUAAGGACAAAGCAUUGGCACCUCUCUAUAUUGCUGCACCAGGGCCUCACCACGUUUCACUAGUUUAUGAUUUACUUUACUUGAUUCGGGAAUUGAAUGAGGCCGUUUUCAUUCAAACUUGAUAGCGUUUUCUCAGGUUUUUUCCAAAGAUGGUUUUUGAGUGCUACUUUGUGCAGAUGUACGGACACAUGCAAUGUAUCAACUCCUAGAUUAUGGAUUCAUUGGGUUGAUAUUUUCCUGCUUUAGCGAGGAUAUUAACAAGGUUGGGAGAAUUCAAGUCAUAGCUUUCCAAUCUUCAGAUGGGAAGCAAAACCAGAUAUCAAGACCUAUCCCUCUAUCUCCGGUUAAUAGAAGUUCGGUCAUAGACUUGGAAUCAUCUUUGAGUUCCUCCGAGAAUUUGUUGGCACGAUCUAACUCUGGAAGGGGGGAGAACCCCGAAGUGGACACUGGCGAUUCCAGAAUCUCUGCUGGAACUAAGAAGGGGCGGGGAAGGUCAUCGGACUUGGGGGGUUUCUUUGCUGACGCUGAUACCAAUUAUCUCGGAAGAGAGAUAAUUGGUGAAAAUUAUCGCAAUGGAAAUCCAAGCAGCACCGCCAUUGUUGCUAUAGAUCCCAUGGAUAUGACAGAAAGCAUGCAAGAGGCUAUGCAUAGGUCAAACUUGGACAUGAGGUAUACAUGAGUAUGUACUCGGCACUUAAUUAUCCUUUCCUUUUGCACUUUAUCUUUUUCUCCAUUCAUUCUUUACCUUUUU